AUGACAGAACAAAGAUCAACAUCUGACAAUGUUCGAUCAGAAUUGGUUGAUAUAGCAGUUGGAUUUUUAAAAAAUCCGAAAAUUGCUAAUGAACACAUGGAACGAAAACGUGAUUUUUUACAAAAGAAAGGUCUUACUGAUUCUGAGAUUAAUAAUGCAUUUCAACUUAUACCUCCACCAGAGAUAACAAAACAAAUUACUUCUAAUCAAUCAACAUCUUUUCUUUAUCGAUUUUUAAAAGAUUUAACAGUUGCUGGACUUUUAGUAUUUAUUAUUAAAUUAAUUCAAAGAUCAUUUCAUUCAAAUCAUUCGAAUGAAGUAAAUGACAUAAUAAAAAAUCUUCAAAAAUCCAUUCAAGAUAUGCAAACAAGUGUUACUAAACUUGAACAAACUACUGAUCUAUUAAAUUUAAACAUAAAAACUUCAAAUACGAAUCAAUCAUCAUCAUUAUCAAUCGAAGAAAUUAAACAACAAGUUCAAGAAUUAAAACAAUUAUCUUUAGGUCGUUUACAAUUUCCACAAGUUUCAUUAUGGCAAUCGAAUAGAAAUAAAUCCAAUCUAACAACUACAGAUAGUGAUAAUGAUGGUAUUAUUGUUAUAUCAGAACAGGAUAAAAAAAGUGACGAUGAAAAUCUAUCAUCAAAUGAUAAUUAA